UUGAUAUUUGUCUUGAGUUUUAUUUUGUGAACGAGUUGAGUGUCCUUUUAUCAAAAUAUUUUAAAUAAUUUGGAAUUGUCGAGUUUAAUAUUAAGUAGAGAUGAGUGAAGAGAGCCCGGCGGAUCAGGAAGUGCACGAAGUGGGUGAUUCCCUACAAUCUAUGAACAUUGCACACGAUGCAUCUCCGGAAAAACUCAAAAUCGACAUAUUAUUGAAGCCGACUGGCAAUGCACCGAUUAUGAAGAAGAAAAAGUGGACGGUUGAUAGUGACAAAAAAAUCGGUUGGAUUAUAGAAUUCAUUAGGAAAUACUUGAAGCUCGAAUCUAAUGAAAAAUUAUUUCUGUAUGUAAAUCAAACGUUCGCACCAGCUCCCGACCAACUAGUAAAAAAUCUGUACGAUUGUUAUAGUACAGAAGGAAAAUUAGUGCUACAUUAUUGUAAAACCCAAGCAUGGGGUUAAUUGCUUAUUUUGCUUUACAUCUGUGAAUUUUAUUAUACUGUAGCUGAAUUGGAACUUCAUUUAUGUAAUUGUGAUAAAUAUUUUAGUCAUUAAGUUAUUACGAGUAUGCCAUUAUUGGGAGCCGAAUUUUAUUCAUUAUUUUGUUGAACUGUUUAUUUUUUGAGAAAGCAAGUAUUUGUGGUUGGUGUCUAAUUAUAAAGUGAUACAAAUAACAAAUACAUAAGCAACUCAAUGGUUCUUUUGGUAUAUAUAAUUAUUGUAUAAUUACUCUCCAUAAAUCAAUUAAAAUAUAA